UGAACAUUGAAGACCGGAUGUCCAGUGCUCGUCCGGCUUGCUCGCAAGCGGUUGGAACGAAACUACCGGCUGGCUGCGUUUUUGUCAACGAACGCAUCAGGCAGUCGGAAGUUGUCAGAAAACUUCAGAAUGGUCUCAAUGUGUCUAUUCAAGACUCGAUGGGUUCAAUCGAUUUCUUCACCUCGAACUCUACAGCCGUCAUUCUACUAUCCGAAUCAGAGGUUGUUGACAAACAGCAGUAUCAAAGCAGACUGAUGAAACUUGCACAGAAACAGAAUAAGUAUCGAGGUGUUGCGUUGGUUGAGAAGACGUCGCUGACUGAGCAGUACUACGGUGCUCUGCAGAAGUUUGGAGUCAUUGACUGCAACCUUGUAAUCUUGCCUGUUAGUAAUGCAACAGAGGCAGCCCAACAACUGACAGCAAUGGUUUAUCAAGAUGAGCAUCCUGCUAAUAAUCCGUAUCGUCGUAGACAUAAGGCCAGGCCUCUGGAUUCAUCACUUCUGGAAACAGUCCAGCUUCUACCGGGGAUUGGAAUUGUGAAAGCAAAGGCGCUACUAAACAGAUUCAAAAGUCUCAAGGGCAUAUGCACAGCUUCUAUCGAAGAUAUGACGCGUGUUAUUGGGCAGGCGGGUGCUGAACAAGUCAGAGCAUUUGUCAGUCAGCGAAUGGGACGUUACGCGACUUCAGCGACAUGAACAAUUUAUUUGUUAAGUAAAAAGCUGCUGUCUGGCACCAGACAGCUUAU